UCACCUCAGCUUCCGCCGGAAGCGGUUCCUGUCAGUCGAUGUCCGGCGUUUGAGCUUGUUUGCGGUCUGUUCGGGGCGCCCGGGUGGGUGAGGCUGGGACCGAGGAGCCGGAGACGGAAGCUCGAGCGUCAACCCGAGCUGCGAGAUGGACGUUCUGAAAUCGGAGAUCCUCCGGAAGCGGCAGCUGGUGGAGGACAGGAACCUGUUGGUGGAAAAUAAAAAGUAUUUCAAGCGUAGUGAACUUGCAAAAAAAGAAGAGGAAGCAUAUUUUGAAAGAUGUGGCUACAAGCCUAUAAAUGAGAAGCCAUCUGGAGAGAUACAGCCAAAAGAGGAGAACCAGAAACCAUUAACUUCUUCGAAUCCAGUGUUAGAGCUUGAACUUGCAGAGGAAAAGUUACCCAUGACUCUUUCCAGGCAAGAGGUUAUCAGGAGAUUGAGAGAAAGAGGAGAACCAAUCAGACUAUUUGGAGAAACUGAUUAUGAUGCAUUUCAGCGUUUAAGAAAAAUAGAGAUCCUCACACCAGAAGUUAACAAGGGAUUGAGAAAUGAUCUGAAAGCAGCUUUGGAUAAGAUAGACCAGCAGUACCUCAACGAGCUUGUUGGUGGCCAGGAACCUGGGGAGGAAGACACACAGAACGACCUGAAAGUUCAUGAAGAAAACACCACAAUUGAGGAGUUAGAGGCACUGGGAGAGUCUUUAGGCAAAGGCGACGAUCCUAAAGACAUGGACAUCAUUACCAAGUUCCUCAAGUUUCUGCUUGGUGUUUGGGCUAAAGAACUGAAUGCCCGAGAAGAUUACGUGAAGCGCAGUGUGCAGGGUAAACUGAACAGUGCUACUCAGAAACAGACUGAGUCCUAUCUCAGACCGCUUUUCAGAAAGUUGCGGAAAAGGAAUCUUCCUGCUGAUAUUAAAGAAUCCAUAACAGAUAUUAUUAAGUUCAUGUUGCAGAGAGAAUAUGUAAAGGCUAAUGAUGCUUACCUGCAGAUGGCCAUUGGAAACGCCCCAUGGCCCAUUGGGGUCACCAUGGUUGGCAUCCAUGCCAGAACUGGUAGAGAAAAGAUCUUUUCCAAGCACGUUGCACAUGUUUUAAAUGAUGAAACACAGCGGAAAUAUAUUCAGGGAUUGAAGAGGUUAAUGACCAUCUGCCAGAAGCACUUCCCUACAGAUCCAUCAAAAUGUGUGGAGUACAAUGCCCUGUGAACUCUGUGCGACAGCUAGGUGCCGCGAAGCUUACAGGAACGCGGGCCAGACUGCUGCGAUGACCCACGAGACCGACGGGGGGGGGGGAGCUUCUGUGCUGGACUUCUGCCUAACGCGGCUCUCUUGGUUUUAAGAAACAGUAUUGACUCUCCGAUCACGUCUGGCUACAAACGGAUUUUUGUGUCAUUUACUUUAAAUAGGCAAAAAAUUAAGUUCUAAGGACUUUUCCUCAUAAUUUAAAUGUGUAGACAACUGUCACACAAGGGGGUUUAAGAUGCCUUUUUCCCUCUAGACCUGAGAGUUGGCAGAUGAUUAAAAAGGAACAUUUGAGGAUGGACUUAAUUAUUUCUGUAAAAUAUGGUAAUUUUCACAUUGUCUUUUAUGCAGUAUUUAUAAAAAAUAUUUUUAUAUAUUUCAGUGAAAAUAUGGGAUCAUUUAAUGAAACUCUAUAGUCCUUAAAUGUUGCUGAACUUUUGCCAUCUUGCAGUAGAAUUUGAAUGUAAAUGUUAUUACUGUGGAGUGUUGUUUUUCUUGCCUUUCAGGGCUUGCUCUUAUCUCGUAAGGAGUAUAAAUUUUAGCAUUCAUUAUCUCUCGGGACAGAUAGAAUUAAUAGGAAAUAGAAGUUUGGAAAAGAUGAUAUGCCAGCAGGAGUUUAAAUUACGUAACCCCAGAGUAUCGAGGUUCAAGGUGGGGACUGUCAAGCCAGCUAAGGAAUGGGACAUUUUGGUGCCGCUGCUUCUCCCCAGAAUAAGCCUGCCUGCUCGUGUCACUGUCACUGGGCCUGCGGUGGACCGCGGCUCCCAGCUGCCAAGCAGGGGAGUGGGAUUCUGGGACCCUUGUCCCUACCUGAAUCCUAGGUCGCGGGUCUGAUUUUCCACAGAUGAGGACUUCUGAAUCUCACAGUGUCCUACCCAGAUACGGGUGAUGAAUGGCUCCGCCCGGGAUGUCAGAGGACGUUAGCAGAGGAAGGUGGGUGAACAGAAUGCAGCCGAGCAGGUGGAGUGGCGCCGUCGGACAGCGGCCAGAGUGUGGGGCUCCCACCACGGGGCCUGAGUGCGCAGCGGUCCGCCCACCGAGUGCGUGACCGUGGGCGGCUUCAUGUUUCUCGGCCUCGUUUUCCCUGUCUGCAGUGGUAGUUCCUAAGUGCAGUAUGUACCCCGGAGCGCCGCGGCUGUGUUAAAGAAAAUGCUUAGCACGCUGCCUGGCAAGUGAGAGCUCAGUUAAUAUUCGUUACUGCGUCCUGGUCAUCAGCGUGUAGCUAGCGGAGCUUUCAUGCGGCCUGCGUUGAGAGGCCACAUGUGCUCACAGGAGGGUGACAGCAGAAACGGGGGUGGUGGCAGCAGCAGCCUUCCCGGCGGACACGUCACUGAAGGCUCUGUGGCCAAGGCCUCCGUCCAGGCUCUGGGACUUCCCCCUCCCUCAGCUCAGGCUCAGUUGUAAAGGUGAGAGGAUGUGGUGGGAGCUCGGGUCAGUGGAGCAGUAGAUGCGUGUAGAUGCUCACAGGUUCACGGUCACCUCCUCUGGCCCCUGUGGGAAGGCGCGAAAGCCACUUCUGGCCACUUGUGUGUAGCCGUGCCCAUCUGAUCAUUUCUGCUGGUGUUUGCACAGCGGGGCUGAAGCCACUGCUUUGAAUUGAAUCAGGCCUCCUCCCUAACCCCCUCCCCACUUUGGAAACGAUUUCUUAUAAUCGAAUUGGUUAAGAGAGCUUACCGUAGGGCAGAUGAGAGACUCUCGGAAGACGGGACGCUAGUCUAGACUUCCGUCACACCGUUUCCGGUGGUGCUGGUUGGUACAUACUGUUGCAUGAAUACUCCCCAGGUUACUUUUCUUUACUUCCAGGUCACAGCAUGGUCGUCGUUAAUAUUGUGUUGUCUUCCCAUUUGCUGUUAAUAUAUUAAGGGAGAAACUCUAUCUGACACCAGUACCUUCUAAAAUCGAGCACUAUGGGUAGAAGGUUUGGGGGGGGGGAAUGGAAACAUCUGUAGUCCUGUUAACGUUAACCAUUUUUGGCUUGAGUAGAGAGAAGCAGGUUAAUAGAAAAGUUUUCCAUUACCCUGAACUUAAAGGUCUUCUGGUUAGUGAAAAUAAUUAUGUGGCUCCAUUGAACAGCGACCUCCCGCAUUCUCCAAAUCACGAAAAUUUUAGUUCAGCAGGUACUACGUACUUCUGGGUUUAGCUAUUUUUAAAACGACAAAGGCAUCCUUUAAAAAUCACAGUCCUGAAAUAACUGUUCUUUCCUUUCCUCAUUACCGCCAGGCUAGAUUCCUGUCCUAAGGAGUUCUGUCUUUCUGGAUUCCAAUUUAAUAAAAUGCUGGUUUUCUCUCACAAGUA